UUUCCGACGUAACUAAACGAUUUACGGUGUUGUUUACAGACGUCUUUGGUGAAAGGGUAAAGUUGGAAACUAGCUUCCAGAAUACGCUGUACGUCGAGAAUUUAUUAUUAAGGGAACUCUUGGUUUAAUGGAAUCUUAAUUUUAUCAGGUGCAUUGAUCGAUUAAUCACAAUAAAUGUUUAAUAGCGGCGGUUUAGUCAAUUUGCUGAGCUAUUUGGCUAACUGUAACGCAUUGUUGGCCCUGCAACGUCUCUGCUUUGGUGGCAGUCCAUUUUACUAACCGGUUUGUCACCAAUCAGUAGCAAAGGUUGCUACAGUCUCUGAGAGACAUGACCAACACUCUGAGGAGGGAGGUUUUACAGCUGUACAGGAAUCUACUGUUUCUCGGACGGGACUACCCUAAAGGAGCUGACUACUUCAGGGAACGUCUGAAGAGUGCCUUUAUGAAGAACAAAGAUGUCACAGACCCCAGUGAGAUCAGAAAACUUGUUGACAGAGGAGAGUUUGUAAUUAAGGAACUGGAGGCCCUGUACUUUCUGAGAAAGUACAGAGCCAUAAAGAAGCGAUACUACGAAGGGGAGCACUAAUUGACUGACACAGAGGAAGACUUGACUGAUGAUUAAAAACUGUCAGAUGCCUGACCAGGGAAACAAGAUGUCAGUCUUGCUGGGCAGGGGAAAACAACAGGCAAAAUAUUUAGCCAGUGAAUCAUUAGUAUGUGUCAGUGGCAAAUGUAAGGACAGAUGUCCAUUAGUAACUAUUUUAUUAACAGCAUAAAAAUUAUCAAACAAAAUGUAUCUUCUGUUAUUUACUAUUACCUUUUUCAUAACUGAAAUCACUUCCACGAAUGCCAAAAGUUCAAAUCAGUACAAUUCUGUUAGUAAUGCUUAACAAUAAAUUAGAAAUAUUUAAAAUGAAAGUCCAAUGCAUUUCUUUAUUAACAUUACAAACUGACAUGUCUUUUUCAAGUGUUGUAGGCUGCAUGCAUAGAAAUAUGACACUAUAGAUGAGAUAUGAUACAAUUGUUAGGAGGGAAGAGGAGAAAGAACAACUGUUGAGUCAUUUAUUUCAUCGGUAUAUUAGGCAGGAAGACUGCUCUUUGUGAAAUUCAACUCAUGGAUGUUGCAGAAGCCAGGAUUAUUGUUCCCAAAUUUUGUCUGUGCUUUCUUAAUGUCCAGCUUUCCUGCUUGUCUCAUGACCUAGGAAUGAAUUACAGUGUGUUCAGCGCUACAACAAAAUUGUGAAAGAUCUGAGAGCCCCCAGAUCAAGUUUAAAAACGGUUGCCU